GGGCUUUGGCGCCGACUCUCCGAGGCAGCCGCACGGCGUCGCGCACGGCUGGGCGGGGCGGGUCGCGCUUCCUCCGAGCGGCGGCUGCGACGCCUCUGCAGGGUCCAAGAUGGAUCUCCCGGCGCUGGUCGCUGCCCCGAUCCCGACCCCGCGCGGGGCCCAACAUGGCGGCGGCCCCGGCCGACUCCGCCGAGGCCCAGGCCCGCCCCCCAGCCAGGGCCCCGCGCGCCGCCGCCUGCUGCUACUGCGGGGACCCGAAGAUGGCGGGUCGGAGCCGCGGCGAGGGGAGGCCGGGGCGGCGGCGGCGGGUCCCGGGCCGAGCCCGCCGCCCCUCGAGGACGACGACGACGACGACUCCUUCGUGGUGCUUCUGGAAGUGCCGCGCGGCGCCGCGACCGAGGCCUCCGGGCGGCUGGAGGCUGAGCCCGGCGCCGACGCGAGUCCUGCCGGCCGGCCGCAGCCGGGCUCCAGCGGCGCCGCCCCCGGCCCUGGCGCGGCGGCCCUCGGGGACACCGUCGCCGUCGGCGGCCAGGACUUACUGGUGCGCCUGGACCGCGGCGUCCUCACCCUGGCCUCGCAGCCGUCGCCCCCCGACCCGCCGCCGCAGGGGCCGCCGCCCCCGGGCCCGCCCGCGCCGCCGCGGGAGGAGGCCGCGAGCCCGGCCGAGGGCCGCCGCGGGGCCCUGGGUCCCGGCGCGCUCGGCUACCGCUGCCCCGAGCCGCAGUGCUCGCUCUCCUUCGCCAAGAAGCACCAGCUGAAGGUGCACCUGCUGACGCACGGCAGCAGCCAGGGCCGCCGGCCCUUCAAGUGCCCGCUGGACGGCUGCGGCUGGGCCUUCACCACCUCCUACAAGCUCAAGCGGCACCUGCAGUCGCACGACAAGCUGCGGCCCUUCGGCUGCCCGGUGGGCGGCUGCGGCAAGAAGUUCACCACCGUGUACAACCUCAAGGCGCACAUGAAGGGCCACGAGCAGGAGAACUUGUUCAAGUGCGAGGUGUGCACGGAGCGCUUCCCCACGCAGGCCAAGCUCAGCUCUCACCAGCGCAGCCACUUCGAGCCCGAGCGGCCCUACAAGUGUGACUUUCCGGGCUGUGAGAAGACCUUCAUCACGGUGAGUGCUCUGUUUUCCCAUAACCGAGCCCACUUCAGAGAACAGGAACUCUUUUCCUGCUCCUUUCCUGGUUGCAGCAAACAGUAUGACAAAGCCUGUCGCCUGAAAAUUCACCUGAGAAGUCAUACAGGUGAAAGACCUUUUAUUUGUGACUCUGACAGUUGUGGCUGGACCUUUACCAGCAUGUCUAAACUCCUGAGGCACAAAAGGAAACACGAUGACGAUCGGAGGUUUAUCUGUCCUGUGGAAGGCUGUGGGAAGUCAUUCACGAGAGCAGAGCAUCUGAAAGGCCACAGCAUCACCCACCUGGGCACAAAGCCGUUCGAGUGUCCUGUGGAAGGGUGCUGUGCCAGGUUCUCCGCUCGUAGCAGUCUCUACAUUCACUCCAAGAAACACCUGCAAGACGUGGUUGCUCCAAAAAGCCGUUGCCCGGUGUCCAGCUGUAAUAGACUCUUCACCUCCAAGCACAGUAUGAAGGCACAUGUGGUCAGGCAGCACAGCCGGCACCAAGAUCUCUUCCCUCAGCUAGGAGCUCCAAGUUCUCUCCCACUCAGCAGUGAACUAAGCAGCCCAGGCCAAAAUGAGCUCAACAACAUUGACCUGGCCGCGCUCUUCUCUGAUGCACCUGCUGAUGGGAGUAGUGCAGCAGGGGCCUCGGACGAGGCGCUGACCUCUGGAAUCCUGACUAUUGAUGUGACUUCUGUGAGCUCCUCUCUCAGAGGGAACCUCCCUAAUAAUAGUUCCUUAGGGCCGAUGGUCUUGGUGGCCCACAAUGACAUUCCUCCCAGCCUGGACAGCCCUCUUGUUCUCGGGACAGCAGCCACAGUUCUUCAGCAAAGCAAUUUCACUAUGGAUGAUGUGCAGACUGUAAGUGCAGGAGCAUUAGGCUGUCUGGUAGCUCUGCCUGUGAAGAACUUGGGUCAGGACCCACAGGCUUUGACCUCCAGCAGCAGUUUACCAGCGACCACCACCACACUGACCUCUUCAAGCACCCCACCAGGAAACACCAGUGUCCCAGAACUGCUGACUUCAAUCAAAGUGGAACCAGACUCGCCUCCUGGCCCUGGUGCUGUCAGGCAGCAAGAACGAAACAGAGAGGUACCUUGGCCUGUGUUUUCCAGCCUUCCAGGAAGGCACAGUCCUCAGAAAGACACAGGCCUCAGUGCAGGGACUGGCAACUUCUCUUUGCUGAGUGACGGGCUGCCUCGAUUCUCUGAGCACAGAUGGUGUGUGGUGAAUGGGUUACAGGAAAGUGGGGGCUCAGCAAGAACUGAUUCCCGAGCCAUUCAACUAGCCAAGAAAAAAAAGCAGAAAGGAACUGGGAGCAAUGCAGGCACACUGAAUAAAAAUAGCUAUAUAUUAAUCAUACUAUCAUCGCUUCAUUAAAAAUUAACACGAUUUCCUUAACAUCAAUAUCUAGCAAGUAUUCAACUUUUGUCUCAAAUCCCAUAAAUGUUUUUAUGACUGUUUGGAUCAGAAUCUAAAUAAGGCUCAUAUGUUACUGUGUAUUGACAUGUUUCUUAAGUUUCUUUUAUAGCUAUAGGUUUCUUCUUUUCUCUCUCUCCGUGUAUUUGUUGAAGAAUUUGGCCAGUGUGGAGUUUGCUGAUUGUAUUCAGUAUAGUGUAGUUUAACAGGUUCCUGUCUUCUAUGUUUCCUAUAAAUUAGUAAUUACACCAGUAGGUUUGAUCUGGUUGAAGUUUGAUUCUUGGGGUAGGCUGGGGGUUAGCGAAACUCUCUUGCAGUGGGGGGCUCUUCCAGGGGGUCUUGACGUUAGGUGGUCUGUCCUGUGUUGUUAGUAGUCGUUGAUGAUCAGUGACUGGAUCUAUUAGAGGUUGCAGAAAGAUGAUAUUCUGUCUUUCCUUUCUCAUUACUAGCUAGAAUACUUCUGUAAAGAGCAACUUCUCAUCAGUUUUUUUUUUUGUUUUUUUUUUUUACCCUGAUACAGUUCAUACAGGAAAGUCAGAAUAAAUGUCUAAAUAUUUCUGUUUAUCAGUUUUCAAAAUAAUGAGCUGGUUUCUUAGCAUCUUAUAAUAGUGGUCAAAGUGCUUUAAACAUUCUAUAGACUUCUAUGGGACCUGUCAAGUAUUCAGCCUUCAUAUGUGAAGAUAGUAGAAGAAUUUUCUUUAAGUUCAAAAGCUCACAUUUUGCCACCUACAUACUGUCAUUGCAAAGCACUCUUGUGAUGGAGGAAUGUAAAUAUAGGCCCACAUUCCCUUUUCCAAAACCCUUGGGACUGUGUUUAUUUCUUCUGACAUUUUAUUUUGUUGGUUUUUUAAAAAUAUAUUUUAUUGAUUUUUUUACAGAGAGGAAGGGAGAGGGAUAGAGAGUUAGAAACAUUGAUGAGAGAGAAACAUUGAUUGGUUGCCUCCGAACACACACUGACCGGGAACGAACCCACAACUUGGGCAUGUGCUCUGACUGGGAAUCGAACUGGUGACCUUUCUGUGCAUGGGAUGAUUCUCAACCAACUGAACCACACUGGCCAGAGCUCCUCUAACUUUUUUUUUACUGAGUCAAAGAGCAAAAUCCCAACUAUGUCUUGUCUAGAGGAGGCACAUGCUGGGUGGAAAUAUCUAGGAAGGUUAAAACUAAGAUAAGAAAGUAAAAGAAAAGCAAGCAGAAAUCACAAAGCAGGGUUAAUACUACUAGCAUUGGAAGCAUACAAUUUAAAGAUGAGCACAUGAGGCAGAGAAGAUUGUCUCUGUUUUUGGUUGCUGUUCACAUAUAAUACUAGGCGACUUCUGACCAUUUAUGUGAAUAUUUAUAUGAAGGCUUACAGUAUCUAACAAUACAAAGUAAAAACCUAUGGAAAUCUAGAGUUGAAUGAAUAAAAACCUAGCAACAUCUGAAGUGGUUAAUUUAACUCAUUAUUUGCAGAUCAAACGGCAAAAGAUCUGAAAGGUAUUUACAAUGGGAGUAGUAAAGUUGAUUCAGUAUAUCUUACUCCAUGACUAUGCAAUAUUUAUAGAAAUUAAACUGAACAAAUUAGGCCAUCAGGAAAAGCAUUACAAAGUCUUUAGGCACAAACCCCCAGCCUGACUAUACAUUUUUGACCAUACUAUGGUAAAAUAGGAAGUAAAAAUUACUUGGAAAACAAAAGAAAACUUACCAAACUCUUGGGUUAAUGAAGACGUAAAAGCUAAUUACAAAUACUUAUAGAAAAGAUAGAUAGGUAUGUGGUUAAAAGUUUGAAUUCUGAGCAAGCAGCUUUUCUGUGCUUCAAUUUUUUCCCUUGUAAAAUGGUAAUAAAAGCAGCUAUAUUGGAUUCUUGUGGGGUUAAGUGAAAUAAUACAGGUAAAAUGCUUAAAGCACUUUGAAUCUUAGCCACUUGUUAAGGCUGAAAAGCAGGGGAUGUGGCUAAAGCCAGUUGCAAGUUUAAGCCUGUGGGUGCCUUCCUAUUAAAUAAGAGAAAGGAAGCUAAGUGGAAUAAGCUGUUAUUGCAGGAUGGAUGGAAAAAGAACAAAUUUAAGAAGAAUCAGAAAUCUGGAUUUUGAUGCUAAAAUAUGAUAACCUAUUCAUAUUUUAAAAAAUCAUUCUGUGUGGGUCAAACAAAACAUCGUAUGUAGAUACAGCUUCUAACUUGUCAGUUUCUACUUCUGAGCAGUUUUACCAAGAAAAAAAGGCAUAAUUAAAUUUCACAGAUUCAGUGGAAAAAUAACUGAAUAUCAUAUCUAUGAUAAUAAAUUGGAGUGCUUGCAACAAAAUGCAUAUUUUUCAGGAAAACAAAUCAUCAUUAUUCAAAAAUCACCAAUAACUGUGGAUGGAGUUAGUAUUUCAGAAUCUCAUGCUUGCCAUUGGUUAUACAGCUUCUACUUGUCCAUGGAACAUGUAUAGUAGUCACUGUUCUAGAACUUUUGUGGAAAAUAGGGAACACCUAUGAUCUGGAUACCAAAGCCUGACAGAGAUACUCCCCAAAAUGGGAGCUGUAGAUUGAUGAUGGAAAUGAUGGAAAUGUUCUCAAAACACAGGAUCUGGCAAUAUAUUUAACCUUAUAUUCUGAACAGUGAGGUUUAGUCCAUAGCUUAAGGAUGAUUUAAUGUUGCUAGUGGGUUUGUUAUCAUAGGUCAGUCAAGAACUUUAUUAUUUUUCUCAACAGAUUCUGUAUUUAUUUUAAAAAAUUGAUAUCCAUUACUGAUGGAAAUAGAAUAUAAUAAAGAUUCUGUAGCCCAACCAAGAGUCAAAAUUAUACUUAAUGGCGAGCUAACAGAGGCAUUCUAGAUGCACGUAAGAAUUACUUUUGUUACCAUUAUUACCUUUGGUAUUUAAUUUUGUUCUGGAGAUUCUUGUAUUGAAAUAAAGCAAGAAAGAAUAAGAACCAUAGGUAAGGAGACAUACAAUAACUUAAAUAUGAUUUGAUUGUUUAUUGGAAAACCCCCCAAAAUCAACUGAAAAACGAUUAGAAAUUAAAAGAUAUUUAAGUGGCCAGUUAUAAAACAAAUAUAUAACCACCUGGAGUGUGCUGUAUGGCAGCAGUAGCUAAUUAGGAAAUGCAAUGGAGAAAAUACCUCACAAUGGCAACAAAAAUUACAAAAUAUCCAGGAGGAAAUUUCACAACUGUGUAGAACCUGAAUGGAGGAGACAUAAAACUUGACUGAGAAAAUGAGACGGGGACGCCUUCCUUCUGAUAAAUAUUCCUGCUGCGUGUCCGAAACAACACAGAUACCACUGCUUGCAUUCUGAUUGGAGGUGGGGUGGGGGUGGAGCAUUUGAUAAAACAGUAAAUCAUGUGAUAAAUGUGAACAAAACAAGGAAAGGGGUCUGUGAUGGUUUCCAGUUUUAAAAAGGUAGACAGAGGCCUCACAGGGAAGGUGACACAUGCAGGAGGUGAGGAAGGGAGCACAUGGACAGAUCUGGGCGAAGGACUCCUGAUGAGCACCUGAGAGGGUUGGUGGAAAGGCGGUUGUUGGCAGAGCCAGUUAGGGGAAAGUUUUGGGAAGUAGAAAGCCGGUGGGAGGCCAGGCUGCUUAGGGCCUCAAGGUCAUUGUCAUUUGGCUUUCACUCAGAGUCAGAUGGGAAAACAGAGGCAUAAUUAAAAGGGGAUGUGAUAUUUUUUAAGGGAUGGUUCCAGCUGUUUUUCUGGCAGGGGGGCGGGGGAGUUAGGGGCAAAAAGAGCAGGUAGAGGUUUCUUCAUUUUCCUGCAGCAGGGAAAUGAGAGUAGCUGAGAUCAGAGUGGUGACUGAGCCAGUGGGUAGAG